CAGUAAUGACAAAUAUAUGCAAUCAUCAUGUAAAGAUGGCGGCGAAACUAAGAACUCAUAGCCGCCACGGAAGUGUGGUCAGAAUCGGCUUUUACAAUAUCGAAAAAACUAUCGGAAAAGGGAAUUUUGCCGUGGUCAAACUUGCCACACAUUGCAUUACUAAAUCUAAGGUUGCUGUCAAAAUUAUAGACAAGAGUCAACUGGACGACGAUAAUUUGACCAAAGUUAAACGGGAAGUAAAAGUUAUGAAAAAACUCGCCCAUCCUCAUAUAAUCAAGCUUCACGAGGUUAUGGAAACAGAAAGAAUGCUUUAUCUCGUCACAGAAUAUGCAAGCAAAGGAGAAAUAUUCGAUUACCUUGUAGCUCAUGGAAGGAUGCAGGAAAAAGAGGCCAAGAAUACAUUCAAUCAAAUUGUGUCAGCCAUUGAGUAUUGCCAUAAGAUGAACAUUGUACAUAGAGACUUAAAGGCUGAAAACCUUCUUCUUGAUGAAGAUAUGAACAUAAAAAUUGCUGAUUUCGGCUUUAGCAACAUAUUCCAAGCGGACAAGAAGCUAAAGACAUGGUGCGGGAGUCCCCCUUAUGCAGCACCUGAGCUGUUUGAGGGAAAGGAGUAUUUAGGACCAGAAGUGGACAUAUGGAGCCUUGGUGUGGUUCUGUAUGUGUUGGUCUGUGGCGCCCUUCCAUUUGAUGGCAGCACGCUCCAGAGCUUGCGAUCACGUGUGCUGGAUGGAAGAUUUCGAAUACCUUUUUUCAUGUCCACAGAAUGCGAACACCUUAUCCGUCACAUGCUUGUGCGUGACCCUGUCAAGAGAUUCACCAUCCCACAGAUCCGCCAGCACAAAUGGAUGGCAGAGGUGACUGGCAAAAAGAACAAGGAAGAGAAUCCACUGUAUAUCCAUGAGUCCUGUCAAGAUGUGGACAUUCGAGAAGAUGUGAUCCGAAAGAUGAAAAACAUGGGCUUCGACCGCGAGAAAACCAUUCAGGCGAUCAAAAACAAAGACUACGACCACAAUGCUGGUGUCUACUCACUUCUGCUCUAUAACUGGGAGAAAACUUCCCAAGAGGACUCGAGUGCUUGCACCACCCCUCCUAUGCUAGGGCCGGUUAUAUCUCCGAGCCCCUCCCCCAUGGGGAUGAGCUCUGUUUCAGAUGACACGGAGAUGAUGGAUACUGACAGUGAAAUCGGUGACACCACGAGUCAUGUGCAAACCCGACGUCCUUCGGUCCCAGUACCUGUCGUUCACGUUACGCCGGACUCUCCGACCAGGAAAAUGGGUACGGGUGGUAUGUGGCAACCAAAUGCUGCGAAUUCCUCUGAAGAAAACGAAGAGGAUGAUCAGUUAUCGGACGAGAUGCCCCCUAACCUGAAGGCGUAUCUUGCGAAUCGUAGAUACACAGUGACUGCUGUUGACCCAAUGCAUGAGAUAUCGGAAGAAUUAAGAGAAUUAUUGAAUCAAAAAAUUCUACAAGCGCCACUUAGCCCGCAUAGUCAUGAAAACCCUUUCACGCAUUUCCAAGUCCUUCCACCCGGUUUACCCCCGCUCAGUCCGACCACAGAUCUGUCCCUCGCUUACAAGGAGCAAAGCCUUCAGCUGCCAACUGUCUUCCAGCUCCGCCAGCCCUUGGGACGAAGAGCUUCAGACGGGGCUGCAAGUCUAGCUGCUGGAAUCGCCCAGUUUCACCAACUUCGAGCGCUGACGAACCAGUUGGAUCCUGCUCUGAGUAAUCCAGGGUCCCUGGUGAAUACAUCACCUCUAGGAAGUAGCCAUCAACCUGGCUUCCCAUUAUCUUCCCCUGGACCUUCAAGCCCACAUGUCUCGGACAAUGCGUAUGAUAGCGGGUCUGACCAAGAGCCUGAUCCCGAGGCUGUGGCUCGCUACAUGUCCAGACGCGGUGGACGGCAACGCCACACUUUAGGAGUAACAGAGGCUUCAUCCGAGAUCCCUGAUGAUCUUCAGAUGAAGCUUUUGCAACUCCCUCUGAAGUCACGCCGGUCUGGGUUUUCCCCUGGUCGCGAGCGUACACCUCGGGAGGGUAACCACAUUACAGCACACACUGGAAUAAGGUAUAACUCUUCUCGUCGGGCCUCCGAUGGUGCUGCUUCUAUUCUCGCCUUCAAACAGCACUUGGAACGGGGUAAUGGCAGUGGCUCGAAGCGCAACAGUCUGAAGGAGCUACAGGAGGAACACCAGAAAUUACGAGAGCAGUAUGGGGACUUGGUUGAAGAGGAGACACAGCGGGUCCAGCAGGAGCAGCAUCAGCUGCAUCGAUAUCAACUGAUGGGUCGCAGAGCGUCGGAUGGCGCAGACGCACUUACUCAGUUCCUACAGCAGCGGUGUCAAAACUCCUCCAGUCAGGAGCUUGAUUUGGCGGGAACAGCUCAGGAGGAAGAGUUUGAAGAGGCGCCAGAAAUCCACCAAGAGCCGCUACUCCAGCAAGAGAUGCAAAAGCUCAAUAUAGAGCCUUGUGUGGCGCCAGCCCAAUACGAUGCAUACUUAGGGAACCCUUCAACUUCUGUCGCCUCAGAUUUGAAGGGCUUGGUACAGACGGGGAUCACGUCGGUAUCACCUCGUACGAGUGUCAUUGUAGAAGAGUCGGACGCUGAGUCGUCCAUAGAUGAAGAAGACGAGGAUGCUCCAGAAUAUAUAGACCAGGUCUCUUCAAGUCCACCUCAACAUGAUUACAUGCCAACACUAGCCUCUGUCUCGUCCCCAGUACCUUCACCUCCUUCCUCGCCACUGGUUUCUGCGGUCCCUAUAAAUCAGCGGUAUCCUCUACCAGACAUGACAAGUCGUAACUCAAAUAAUAGCAUCCAUGAAAACAACGAUUCCAACAUCCUCUCGAACAUUCCAAUGAAUAUUCCGAACCUUGCAUCUUUAAGCGUAAACGAGAAUGACCUUGUUGACUUGGCGACUACCUCGUGGGGGAUGGACUCUGGUAGGCUAUCCCCGACAACCCUGUCUUUGUUGUCGACGCUUGGCGUUCCCCGGGGUACCCUCCUUGGUGGGAACAUGAGCCCCAGGUUUCAACCCCGACACUACAGGCACCACACCGUGCCAUCCACACAAGAGGCGUGGAACUCUAUGGACUUGCUACGACGGGUGGCGGUUAACAACGUGUUAACCUCACAGAACCACGCCCGGGACAUGCUUAAUAAUAACAAUAUCAACUUAAAGAAUGCGGACAAUGCUAGCUUGCUUCGUAGCUUAUCCCCUAACGGGACCAUAGGCCAAGAGCCUGUGUUCAAGUCCAGCAGCAAAGGGGACCUCAGUAGCGAACUCUCUCCCAGCGUGCGACUGGCCUUUGCCGUUAACAUGACGUCACACAAAGACAUCCCGGAUAUCAUUACGGAAAUAAGACGAACUCUAGACCAGCGGUCUCCUAACGUUGUGUAUGAGCAGUCAGAACACGUGUUUACGGUACAGCACGGGUCUGUUACCAUGGAGAUUGAGGUGUGUCAUUUGCCUGAUCCCUACUCGCUUAAUGGACUUCGCUUGCGGAGGAUCAGCGGUAACCAGUGGCAGUAUAAAAAGCUGUGUCAUGAGUUACUAGGUGGAAUGGAUCUGUGAGACCCCCCCCCCCCCCCCCCUGGUAACCUUAUCAAGAAUGUCGGUACGUUGUUUUCUGAGAGUAGCAACCGUUACCUUAGUAGAGGAUGCAAUUAAAACAAACGUAGAACCCAGAAUGAUUACUUGAGACGGAUGGAACGCCAUCACUCGGAGAGGUUUCUCUGUUUACUUGAGGAGAAGACGUAUAUUUUAUUAAUUCCUUUAAUUUAUUUUUAUUGACAUCGUCCAUCACAAAAACAUUUCUUAUAGAAAGUAACAUGUGAUGCUCAUCAGAAUAGAAGAUAUAGUCAAGUACAGAUUGCCUAACCGCCUAUAGCUACGGCGAUACUUAUGGCGUCUUAGAUUGCGUGACACGGGCAAAUCUUCCCCAGGCUGCGUGGCGAUUACGUCAUCUCAAGGCUUGCAUGACGGCCAAAUCAUCCCAAGCUUGCGUGACGGUAACACCAUCUUAAGCUUGCGUGAUGAUCAGUCUUCUCAAGCUUGCGUGAUGGUAACACCAUCACAAUUGUUCAUCAAAUACCGAUUACGUCGUACCAGUCACGCAACCUUCGAGUCAAUGGCUAGUGGGUAUCGCAUAGGCAAAGAAGGUAGCUAUCAAUAUAUAGACAGAAGUUUGACUUGAACUUUAGUUAGUUUAGAUGGCAUCCAGUUUUGGAUAUACGUAUUUAAGAAUCGACUUCACAGAAAGUAAUAUAUUCGUCGAAGAGAGCCAACAUUUUAAGAGAGUAUAUCUAUUAUACUGCUAUCUUCUCGUGACAGCUGCAAGCUGUGUUGUAAUAUUUGUAGUGUGCUAUAUGCUAUAGUCAGGCUUUAUGAUUAGAAGUUUGAGCACUGGUUGGUUGUGGUUACAACUGUUUUCACUCCUAUUCAAUUCGAACUACUACAUGCAAAUACACCUCGUUUCAUAUCCUCGCAGUGGUUCAUGGGUAACGAAUAAAUGGCUGAAUCGCGAUCUCUGAAAUUCGGGUGAAUGUUUAACAAACUUAUAACAGCUUUUCAAACCUUCAUUUUAUUUACACUUCUUUGCUUAUUUAUUUGUUACCCAUGAAAUAUCAGUUUUGCUUUGGGUGUAUUUCGGUAUAUUUUUAUAUACCAUUUAUAAAGAUUGUUCAAAAUCAUGGCUCAGCCCGGACUUAACAGCGGGCACUGAUUGGUCUAUCGCUUUUGAUUGUAAGUUAAGCCUAUGAGAAAAAAAAACGUUACAUAUUUGACUCUUGUCAAAACUGUGACAAAUCUUGUUGUAUUAGCGAGUAAGCCGUUCGCUCAAACUCGUCUCUAAAAGCCUCUAUGGUAUUCAUAGCAAGGAUAGUAUGUGUCACUUGUCCUAAAUCAAGGAGAAAUGCCCUGUCCUCUCUAUUGUAGAACUGAAUCAUUUGCUAAGGGUUUCACAACACAGGCCAUUUUCGUCCUAGAAAGCUGAUCAAGAAAUUGCGUUAACAAAAAAGACAUUGAAGGUACUCUGAUUUUUUUCGUAAUUUUUUUUCCGUUCUUUAACGCAUAUUCUUAUUAGUUUCGUUUAACAGGUAUAACUAAGGUAAAAUUCCCUUAACAGAUUUUUUUCUGUAUUUACUUACAGAGAAAAAGACAUCUCUAGAAGGGAGAGACAAAUAAAUGCACUUUCCCUCUACUUUUUCACUUCGGCUUUGGCGCCAAAUUACUUAAUCGUACUUUUUAAAAUGUAUUUUACGUUAAUUUGCCUAUAAAUAUUAUGUAAUUAAGCUUGCAAAUUUAUUGUUUGUUUCUUGAAUUAAUUUUACUAAAAGUCUAGGACGAUAGUUUGCCGAAAGGCUUGUGGGGUCGUUUGGCUGAUUUGUUAUGUCCUGCCAACACCAGAAUACUUGUCAGCAUUCCCUUAACCCAUUUAGAAAUCACGGCAAGUUUGAAAUGCAAAACACUCUAACCUAAUAUAUUUCAAGCACCUUUUUUGAGUGAUAAGCCCAUGUUAUUUCAUUAUAGAUAAAUUGUGCACUGAAAGAGUGUUUACCCCUAAAGAGUGUUUACCCGAGAGUGAAAAGCAUUAAUGAAGAUAUAUGGACAUGUGAGAGCAUUAGUUUGGUUAAGUAUGAAAACAAAAACUGUAAUAUAUUUACACUUUGUAAAAAGAAUAAACGGAGUAAAGAGUGAAAUAUAAAAUACUGUCCAGAGAAGACAGCUUCAGCUUUGUGCAAUAAAAAUAAGUCUGAGGA